AUGAAUAAUUGGAACAGGAAUCGCAUCCAGCUACUGCUUCCAGAUUAUGCAACAAAGAUCCUCUGCAUCAAACUCAGUCUCUUCAAGGCUCCGGACAAAUGUGUCUGGCUAGGCACAAAAUCAGGAGACUACACAGUCAAGUCAGGGUAUUACACUGCUGUUGUGAAGAUCUGGCAUCUCGCCCCUCUUACUUCUGAGGUGGACUACAGAGGAAUCAUAGAUUUAAUGUCGGUGUGGCCUUCUCUAUGCUCGCAAAAGUGCUUACCUUUAACCGGUAUUCUCGCUGGUUCCCUGGUUCCUUGGAUCUUGUGGGCAAUUUGGAAGGCAAAGAACAGAUUCGUCUUUGAAGGAUUCUAUGCUACUCCCGAAGACACCCUCUCCUCUGCUAUCAUCUUGGCACGCGAGUGGAGCAAUAACUGCAAACCAGAGCCUGCAGUAAACAAGCGCAGUUUCAGACAGAUACCUGAGGCUCGCAGCGAGACCAUGAUAGUAAGAUCAGAUGCAGCCUGGAACUCAACUAGUAGGAAGCAGGGUUAG